AGCUGGCUUCUCCAUGCUGUUUAUCUAGAGUCCAGCGUGUGUGUUUUUGACUCUAUCUUGCUGCGAUUUUCGUCUUUAGUCAUGGAGAAAAAAGGCUCAAAUCCGGUUGGGAAAAAACUGAAACCCCAAAAGAUGAAAGCGAGCGUCGACCCCGUCAGAAACUUCGAGAAAUGGAAGAAAAAGUACAACCGGACCAAAGCACGAGUGAAGCAAGAGAGGGCGCAGAAGAAGAAGCCCGAGUGGCAGGUAGAACGAGAGUACAUCGAUAAGCUGGUGAGCAGGUAUGGAGAAAUCAACCUCAAGGAGGUUGUCAAGUUCUCAGACUUCCCCAUUUCUAAGAAGACCUUGCUGGGCCUGCAGGAGGCUCAGUAUCGGCAGCCUACGGAGAUCCAGCGGCAGACCAUCGGCUUCGCUCUGCAGGGGAAAGAUGUUCUCGGUGCGGCUAAAACUGGCUCCGGUAAGACUUUAGCCUUUCUCAUACCGGUCCUGGAGUGUCUCUACCGCCAGCAAUGGAGCUCCAUGGACGGCCUCGGUGCUCUCAUCAUCUCUCCCACCAGAGAGCUCGCCUACCAGACCUUUGAAGUCCUGCGCAAGGUGGGCAGGAACCACGAGUUUUCUGCAGGGCUCAUCAUCGGCGGAAAAGACCUGAAAAGCGAGUGUGAGAGGAUUCACCGUACCAACAUUGUCAUCUGCACCCCGGGCCGACUCCUCCAGCACAUGGAUGAAACAGCCACCUUCCACGCCUCCGACCUCCACAUGCUGGUCCUGGAUGAGGCAGACCGCAUUCUGGACAUGGGCUUUGCAGAUACGCUCAAUGCCAUCGUGGAGAAUCUCCCCAAGUCCCGGCAGACUCUGCUGUUUUCUGCCACGCAAACCAAAUCAGUCAAAGACCUGGCCCGGCUCAGUCUCAAAGAUCCGGAGUAUGUGUGGGUGCACGAAAAAGCCAAGUUCAGCACGCCAGCCACGCUGGAGCAGAACUACAUCGUGUGUGAGCUCCACCAGAAGGUCAACAUGCUCUACUCAUUCAUUAGGAGCCACCUAAAGAAGAAGAUCAUAGUCUUCUUCGCCUGCUGCAAGGAGGUGCAGUACCUGUUCCGAGCUUUCUGCCGUCUCCGGCCAGGCAUGCCCAUCCUGGCUCUGCAUGGAAAACAGCAGCAAAUGAAGAGGGUGGAGGUGUACAACGACUUCCUCAAGAAGCAAAACGCUGUGCUUUUUGCCACCGACAUAGCUGCCAGAGGCCUGGACUUCCCUGCCGUCCACUGGGUGCUGCAGUUUGACUGUCCAGAGGACGCCGACACAUACAUCCACAGGGUGGGCCGGACGGCCAGGUACAAGGAGGGUGGAGAGGCCCUGCUGCUGCUGCUGCCCUCGGAGGAGAAAGGCAUGGUGAAGCAGCUGGAGGAGAAGAAAGUUCCCAUCAACAAGAUACAAGUGAACCCAGACAAACUGCAGAACGUGCAGCAGAAGCUGGAGGCCUUCCUCGCUCAGGAGAAGGAGCAGAAGGAGCGAGCCCAGAGGUGUUUUGUUUCCUACCUGCGCUCGGUGUACCUCAUGAAGAACAAAGAGGUGUUUGAUGCCUUUAAGAUCAAGCUUCACGAGUACGCUUUGUCCCUCGGCCUCGCUGUGGCCCCAAGGGUUCGGUUCCUGAGUAAAGCUCAGGCACAGAAAGUAGAGAAAGAAGAACAAGAAGAAGAGGAGUCUGAGGAAGAAGAAGAGCUGAGGAAAUUUAAGGCCCAGCUGAAAGGAGAGGUUUCUCAUGAGGAGCAGCAAAACUCAGAGUCAGACGAGUCCAGUGAGGAUGAGGACAGUGAUGAUGAAGGAGGUUUGGAUACGUCCAAGACAUUAACCGUGAGUGCAGGUGACAACGAGGACGAUGACGAUCUACGAGACUUGGACCUGCUGACAGUCAAACGAAAGGAUGUCUUUAAUCUGACCGAGGAUCAGAGUCCAGAAGAUCCCGAAAAUGACCCAAAAAAGAAAACUGAGAAAGAGACAAAGUACAAAGAAGCUAAAAAGAUCCUCAAGAGAAAAUUUCAGGUAAACACCAAAGUGACUUUCAAUGAAGAAGGUGAGGCUGUGCAGCUUUGGCCACCAGUCCAGCGAGCAGUGACUGCUGAGGAUGAGGGGGAGGAAGAAGAGGAGGAAGUUUCGGGAAUCGAUGUGGAAAAGGCUCGGGAAAGGCUGAAGCGGGAAGAUCAAGAGUUUGAUAAGCAGGAGUACAGUCGCAAGGUGAAAGCCAAACACCGAGAGAAGAGGCUGAAGGAGAGGGCUGCCAGGAAGGAGGCAAGCAAGCGGGACCAGAACAAAUCAGACGAGGAGGACGAGGUAGUGGCGUACCUGGCCAAUGACAGUGAAGACGAGUUCGACCCCAGUACCCUGCCAGAUCCCGACAAAGUGAACUCGUCGUCUUCUUCUUCGUCGUCAGAGGAUGAGGAGGUCGAGAUGGAAAUGGGGUCAUCUAAACGGCAGCACAGCAGUGAAGAAGAAGAGGAGGAGGACAGCGAAGAGGAGGAUGAGAAGCAUACAGCAGGAAAGAGGAGGAAAGUGAGCGAUGAAGAUGAUGAGCACACAGCUCUGGACACUGGUCUCUCUUUGGCAGAGGAUGAGGAGUUAGUCUUACAGUUGUUGGGUGGGCGAAGGUAGAGGUGACCCAAAGAGAAAAGAAUGAUUCAAUCAGUUCUAAUGAUAGAUGAGAAACUCAAGCUUGUUGAAGCCAGGUUCAAUCUAACCAGUGUUUCACUCUGCACUGCAAACAUGUGCAGGUUACUGUUCAGUCCAGAGGCUUAGAAUCAGAAACUGACAUCAAACGUUAUCAGGACUGAUCGCAUUGGGUGUGAAAGAAACACACUGCUAAAUGUUGCCCCGUCCUGAUUGGCUUACACAAGAACAGAGUCAUAGCAAAAAGACGAGCCAAAUAUGCUUCUAGAUUGAACACAGCACCAGUCAGUCAUAUUAGAGCACAUUAGCAAAAAAUAAAACCUUACUUUGAGGCAGAAGUUGUGACCCAAAAAAAAAGAAAGAAAGAAAGAUGGCGGUGUGCCAUUAAUGUGUUACUUUCCCUGUAAAACAGUAAAUUCCAAUUUGUAAUGCAGACUUUCAGUGCUUUAAACACAAGCUCAGGGUUAGUCAGUCACAAUAAGGCUUGAGACAGCAAACAUUACUGAAGGUCCUGCAGAGGGACAAUGAGUGCAUCUUUAUUUUACAUGUAUUAUGUUUAAACUGUUGUGGAUUUGAAAUCAGUUCUACUUCUCCCCAUGUGGCUAAAAUGGCCAUUACUGUCUACUGAGGUUAAAACUAGGUAAUUGUGUUAUUGCACUCAUAGUGGGAUAAAACAGUUUCUGGAAGGUAGUCGGCGACUUUUCAACUGGAAACCAAACAGGAAGUUGCUUUCUGAUGGCACAGAUGUGGAAAAUAUGCCCACAUUAGUAUCUGAGGGGUGAUCAUUUUUAAUCACUGUCCACUAUAUAAACAGGUUAGCUCCACGAUGCCAGAGCUGCUGAUGAGGACAAGCGGUGCCUGGUUGGCAUCCAUGGGGAACUGUGUUUCUCCAAAAGGACUAAACAGCUUAGUUAAUGCACCGAUGUUUCCAUGUGGCUCUCUGGCUCACCCCUGGAAUCGUGGCUCUUCUUCCCUGUGCUCCCUCGAACCUUCUGCCUUCACGUCAGAGGGACUGAACUUAUUUAAUGAUCCAUGAAUAUCAUUUCAUGUCUGAGAGUCACAACUUUGACUUGUCUGAUUAUUGAG